ACAUAAAAGAAGGUUUGGCUUCCUGUGUGAGGCUUUUAUUUGCUGAGGGUAAGGUUCAACUCUAGAGUCAUUCAGUGUUGUUGAGAGGUGAAAUGGCGCAGCAAGGAUACCAAGCAGACGAGGUGAAAUUCUCUUGUUCCAUCUGUCUGGAUCUACUGAAGGAUCCGGUGACUAUUCCCUGUGGACACAACUACUGCAUGAGCUGUAUUAAAACCCACUGGGAUGAAGAAGAUCAGAAGAUAAACCACAGCUGUCCUCAGUGCCGACAGACUUUCUACCCGAGGCCUGCCCUGGGGAAAAACACCAUGUUGGCAGAGUUAGUGGAGGAAGUGAAGAAGACUGGACUCCAAGCUGCUCCAGCUGAUCACCGCUAUGCUGGACCUGGAGAUGUGGCCUGUGCUGUCUGCACUGGGAGGAAGCUGAAAGCCUUCAAGUCCUGUCUGGUAUGUCUGGCCUCUUACUGUGAGCAACACCUCCAGCCUCACUAUGAAUCACCUGCUUUUAAAAAACACAAACUUGUCGACGCCUCCGUUAAGCUCCGGGAGAACAUCUGCUCCCGUCAUGAUGAGGUGAUGAAGAUGUUCUGCCGCACUGAUCAGCAGUGUAUCUGUUAUCUCUGCUCUAUGGAUGAACAUAAAGGCCACGACACCGUCUCCACUGCAGCAGAACGGACCGAGAAGCAGAAGGAGCUCGAUGAAAGUCGGCAAAAACUCCAGCAGAGAAUCCAGAACCGAGAGAAAGACGUGAAGGUGCUUCAACAAGAGACGAAGACCAUCAAUCGCUCUGCUGAUAAAGCCGUGGAGGACAGUGAGAAGAUCUUCACUGAGCUGAUCCGUCUCAUUGAGAAAAGAAGCUCUGAUGUGAAGCAGAAGAUCAGAUCCCGGCAGAAAACUGAGGUGAGUCGGGUCAAAGAGCUUCAGGAGAAGCUGCAGCAGGAGAUCGCCGAGCUGAAGAGGAAAGACGCUGAGCUGGAGGAGCUCUCACGUACAGAGGACCACACCCAGUUUCUUAGCAAGUACCCCUCACUGUCAAAACUUACUGGAUCUACAGACUCACCGAGACCAAAAAACAAUCACCUGCAGGACUAUGAGGAUGUGAUGGCAGCUGUGACAGCAGUCAGAGAUAAGAUGCAGGCCAUUCUUACCGAGACAAGACUUCAGUGGAGUCCAGCGACCAGAGCUGAGUUCUUCCAAUACUCACGUCAAAUCACGCUGGAUCCAAACACAGCAAUGCAUAUUCUGGUUUUAUCAGAGGGGAACAGAAAAAUAACAUAUGACUAUAAUGCAUCACAUUCUCCACAUCCAGACAGAUUCCUUGGGAUGCCUCAGGUGUUGAGUAAAGAUGGAUUGACUGGACGUUCAGACGAGGUGAAAUUCUGCUGUUCCAUCUGUCUGGAUCUAUUGAAGGAUCCGGUGACUAUUCCCUGUGGACACAACUACUGCAUGAGCUGUAUUAAAACCCACUGGGAUGGAGAAGAUCAGAAGAUAAUCUACAGCUGUCCUCAGUGCCGACAGACUUUCUACCCAAGGCCUGUCCUGGGGAAAAACACCAUGUUGGCAGAGUUAGUGGAGGAAGCGAAGAAGACUGGACUCCAAGCAGCUCACCGCUAUGCCGGAUCUGGAGAUGUGGCCUGUGCUAUCUGCACUGGGAGGAAGCUGAAAGCCUUCAAGUCCUGUCUGGUAUGUCUGGUCUCUUACUGUGAGCAACACCUCCAGCCUCACUAUGAAUCACCUGCUUUUAAAAAACACAAACUUGUCGACGCCUCCGUUAAGCUCCGGGAGAACAUCUGCUCCCGUCAUGAUGAGGUGAUGAAGAUUUUCUGCCGCACUGAUCAGCAGUGUAUCUGUUAUCUCUGUUCUGUGGAUGAACAUAAAGGCCACAACACCAUCUCCGCUUCAGCAGAACGGACUGAGAAGCAGAAGGAGCUCGAUGAAAGUCGGCAAAAACUCCAGCAGAGAAUCCAGGACCGAGAGAAAAACGUGAAGGUGCUUCAACAAGAGACGAAGACCAUCAAUCGCUCUGCUGAUAAAGCUGUGGAGGACAGUGAGAAGAUCUUCACUGAGCUGAUCCGUCUCAUUGAGAAAAGAAGCUCUGAUGUGAAGCAGCAGAUCAGAUCCCGGCAGAAAACUGAGGUGAGUCGAGUCAAAGGGCUUCAGAAGAAGCUGCAGCAGGAGACCGCCAAGCUGAAGAGGAAAGACACCGAGCUGGAGCAUCUCUCACGUACAGAGGACCACACCCAGUUUCUCAGCAAGUACCCCUCACUGUCAAAACUUACUGGAUCUACAGACUCACCAAGACCAAAACCCAAUCGCCUGCAGGACUAUGAGGAUGUGAUGGCAGCUGUGACAGCAGUCAGAGAUAAGAUGCUGGCCAUUCUUACCGAGACAAGACCUUCAGUGGAGCCCACGACCAGAGUUGAGUUAUUACGAUACUCACGUCAAAUCAUGCUGGAUCCAAACACAGCAAUGGCCUCUCUAGUUUUAUCAAAGGGGAACAGAAAAAUAACGUAUGACAAUAAUGCAUCAUGUUCUCCACAUCCAGACAGAUUCAUUUACAUAUCUCAGGUGUUGAGUAAAGAUGGACUGACUGGACGUUGUUACUGGGAGGUGGAGAUGAGCAGGAACGCUGGAGUAGCAGUCUCUUACAGGAGUAUUGCCAGAUCAGGGGACUUUAAUACAUUUGUAUUUGGAUGCAAUGAGAAGUCUUGGGUAUUAUUAGGUUGUGACAAUAGUUAUACUUUCAGACAUGACAACUGUCCAAUCAGCAUCUCAGGCCCUAAAUCCUCCAGAAUAGGAGUGUACCUGGAUCACAGCGCAGGUAUUCUGUCUUUCUGCAGCGUCUCUGAAACCAUGACCCUCCUCCACAGAGUCCAGACCACAUUCACUGAGCCGCUCUACGCUGGACUUUAUCUUCGUGGUUCUGAUGGAGACACUGUUGAGUUCUGUGAGCUUGGGCUGCCGCAAUAACCGCAAUAUUGCAAAACAAGCCAACUGUAGGGGACGUAUGUAGCAAGUAUGUAAUAAUGUAUAAAUCCCCUAAUAGCACAUGAAUAAGUAAUAAUCCCACAACAUUAUUCAUCAUUCAUAGUUUUUGUCAGACAGAUAUCGCUGUUUGUUGCGUGCGUGUACAGUAGUGCGGCAGCGGUGUUGUCCCGAAGCUCGGAAUACCUUUGAAUAUUUCUCACCAAAGCUUCGAAGCCCCAAAAAAAUUGUACUUGGGACAGCCCUAAUAUUCAAGCCUGCAAAGAUAUAAAUCAAAGACUAUGAAAUACAAUUUCAGAAGACACCAACUUUCAACUUGGUUAUGUUUUGAUUAAAAAUGUAAUGGAUAAAACUAAGAUCUGGAUUUUUACUGACUCAGUUAAACUAUCGUUCUCUCUGGUGGAAAUUAAACCGUUAAAUCUUCCUUUAAAUGUACAUUUUUUGGUUGAAUUAAUAUUCAGAUGCCAGUCUUUCAGUCAGAGUUUUGGUGAAAUGAAACACGUCAGCUGACAAAAACAAAGAAGAAGAAAUAAAAUGACCUAUUAUUGAAAUGUCUGAAAGUUUUAUUUGUAUUAAAAAGCUGGAAUGUUUGGUUAUACAUGAAAUAUCUCUCACAAAGCACUUUAUAAACCUCUUUCAUCGUGCGUCUUUCUCACUCACACACACUAGUUAGUGCUACAGUCUAGUAGGUUAAAGAUGCCACAUGUAAGAUUUGCCUCAUGUUUUAUCUUUAAUAAAAAAAAACCACUUGUGAGUGUCAGUUGACGAGUAUUCAGUCUGGAAACGUGAGUGUUUUAACAUAUGUUGAGGAAACGGGAGUGAGAAAAGACGGAAGUACAGUACUGUUUUUUUUUAUAAAAAAAAAAACUACAGAUAGAGUUCGUACGAUAAUGUCGGGACAAACACACUUCCUGUUGU